UGUUAUUGAUUUCCAGUUUUAUUCUAUUAUAGUCGGAGAACACAUUCUGUCUGAUUUCUCUACCCUUACAUUUGUUGAGGUUUGUUUUAUGGCCCAGGAUAUGGCCAGCUUUGGUGAAUGUCUCAUGGGCUCUCCUCCACACUGUGCCUGCUGUUGUUUCUUCUUUGGAAUUCUAAGAAAGGUGAUUCAUGUAUUCUCCAUAGCUGAAGAACCGCUGACCCAAGAUGACAAAAUUACUGCUGAUGGGCUCCAGGAGGUGUUUGAAACCAACGUGUUUGACCACUUUAUCCUGAUUGAAGAGCUAGAACCUCUCCUCUGUCUCUUGAUUAUCUUGGAUACAACCUGCAGUGCCUGGAAAUCCCAUUUCAGGCUUGAAAACAUCCAGCACAGCAAAGGCCAGGAGCCAGAGAGCUCUCCCAGAUCACCACUACCCUGAGUGUGGCUUUGAACAGAAACUUCAACCAGCAAGUGAGGCCUGUCUCAGUGAUACGGAGAUAGCAGAGCAGGAGCUUCUUUGUUACUGUUGAAUUCCUGAUUAUGAGGCUGACUACCAAAAGAAUUGCGGUAGUUUCAGAAAGUUCAGUAUAGUCACUUGAGCAGGAUUGCUGUGAGGAUAACAUAGGACACAAGUGUUGCUAGUUGGUAUAAAAGAACAUUUUAGAGUAGUGAAUAUGUCCUUAUGGCUCUCUACUUAUAUGGAGCCUAUUCUCUUGCAUUCUGAAACUCUUUGGGACAUCUGAUUUAUCUAACGAAUGAUAAUAAAGCUAUGGCUACUUGCUA